CAAACGCCAAAAUGAAAAACUUGCGUCUCUUCUCAGUGUUCGUUGUUUUAGCAGCUUUAUUGUUGGUUAAUCUUGCAUUGGCCCAACAACAAUCUGGGGGACCACCUGGCGGUUCUGGUGGUGGACAAGGUGGAUUCAGCGGAGGUUUUAGUGGAGGAGCAUCUGGGGGAGCAUCCGGAGGUGGUCCUAGUGGAACUGGAGGAUUUGGUGGAAAUGCUCAAGGAAAUUUCGGUGCGGGAGGACAGGGGGGUGUUCCUGGACAGGGUUAAAUGCUUGAAUGGUUUAUUUGUUUGAAUGGGAGUGGUGAAUAUUAUUAAAAUAUCAACUAAACAUGUUUUUUUUAUUUUUGUUAUGCUUCGAUCGAUUUGAUAAGGUUUGAAAUAUUUUUUUUAACGGGAGACUAUU